AUGUGUCUCGCAGCAGUUUCCGAGGAAUUCGACGACUUGCGACAGGUAUUGCAGAUCAAGCUGCCCAAGCAACGAGCUCCGAGCAAGCCCGUCAACAAGCUAGAAGAGAUUUCGGCCAUCUACAACCAACCCUUGAUGGAAUUGGCCUAUCAAGCUGCCAACGUGCAUCGUCGGUUCCACAAUCCUUCUGAGGUCCAGUUGUGCACUCUGAUGAAUAUCAAGACCGGUGGCUGCACCGAGGAUUGCGCUUACUGCGCGCAGUCGACCCGUUAUCAGAAGGGCACGGGUAUCAAGGCCAAGCGCGUCGAAACCGUUGAAUCUGUCUUAGAGGCGGCGCGGAUUGCCAAAGCGAAUGGCAGCACCAGGUUCUGUAUGGGCGCCGCAUGGCGCGAUAUGCGCGGCCGUAAGAACAGUCUCCGGGUCAUAAAAGAAAUGGUUUCGGGCGUUCGAGCCAUGGGCAUGGAAGUGUGUGUUACGCUUGGUAUGAUUGACGAGAGGCAGGCCAAAGAGCUGAAGGAGGCUGGUUUGACGGCAUACAAUCACAAUGUUGACACCAGCCGUGAGUUCUACCCUAGCAUCAUCACAACGCGCACAUAUGACGAGAGGCUCAAGACCCUGAGUCAUGUUCGUAAUGCGGGAAUCAACGUUUGCUCAGGCGGCAUUCUCGGGUUGGGAGAGUCGGAAGAAGACCGCAUCGGACUGUUGCAUACGGUAUCAACACUGCCAAGUCACCCCGAGAGCUUCCCGGUCAAUGCUCUCGUCCCUAUCAAGGGUACGCCGCUAGGUGAGAAGAAGCCGGUUGAGUUUACGGUCAUACUGCGCACAAUUGCCGCUGCUCGCAUUGUUAUGCCGGCCACUAUCAUCCGGAUUGCUGCAGGCCGGAAGACUAUGAGCGAGGAGCAACAGGCACUGUGUUUCAUGGCGGGUGCAAAUGCCGUCUUCACGGGCGAGAAGAUGCUGACGACGGAGUGCAAUGGUUGGGAUGAGGAUACCGCGAUGUUUGGUCGCUGGGGACUGCAGCCGAUGAAGAGCUUUCAGAAGUCACCGCCUAGUCCGGUCGACAAUGGAGCUGUGACUGUUGUCGAUGAUGAUGAGAAAUAUGACGCUGUUGUUGGCACCGGUCAGCGGGAGCCAUCGGCAUCGCUAACCGCCCACGGCGUCGUCGAGACGGUCUUAGGAAUCAUCAUCCUCUCUAUAGUUGUUCUCCAGACUGCCAACCCAGUGUUCUCCUUCAGCGCAAGCAUUUCCAUCGCCAAGGGGUUUUCGCCGAUCGCAAUCACGAGCAUGAAACACCUCUCGCUGGCGGGAGCCACGGCCCGCCGCCUUUUAAAUCGCCAGACAGUUGCCAUUGCCCUGGCAAUAUCGGUUGUUUGGCUUCUAAUUGCUCAGUUCCACGAUGAUGUUUCUCAAAGAUGGUCCAAGAACCUGUCCAAUAAGUCUCCAUCGAACAUAUUCCCCGGUCUGGGGAACUCGGGGAACUCCAAUUCAGUACACCGCAUGCCGACACACAAUGUACUACCCGAGCUUCCUCCGCGCAAGCUCUGCUACGGCCCCCGCGGCUUUCUGUUGGGCAAGAGUCCCGAGGAUGAUCUCGUUGAUCGGGAACUGGAUGCACCCUAUCCCGAGCCUUGGGCUGGCUCGUACGAGGAAACGGGUCUCGACAUUACUCUCAUGACUGCAGAGCAGAGAUACGGACCAUACGGCUUCGGCGAGGACAAGCCCGAGUACAACCGUUCGCGUGUCGAAUGGGACAAGAUCGACUGGGGCAAGCUCCAGAAUGAUUGCUUUGAGAGAAAUCGUCAUCGGUUCCCCGCGGCCGCCAAGCCAUUGAACGACACGCGCACAGAUGUCCGGUUUUCCUAUCGCAACGUUACGCAGAUUCCCGAGGUCCGCCACUGGCACCAGUUCGAGCCGACCAGGAGGACUGCUAUCGUUGUCCGCACUUGGCGCGGCUUCAAGUACCUGCCCGAAGACUUCUACUAUCUCCGUUCUCUGAUUGCCGAGACCGCGCUCAAGUCUGGAGGCGAGUAUCAAGUUAUCCUGCUCGUUGACAUGAAGAGCCGCGAUGGCUACGAGCACAACAUCUUUUCGUCCCCCGAGGCCUACGAACAAGGCUUCAAGGAUGCUGGAGUGCCGCCAGAGUUCCGGUCCAUCACAAUUCUGUGGGAUGACAAUCUCUUGGAAAACUGGUACUCCAAGAUCUCGGAACACAGAACCAUGUGGCAGGUUUAUCAGCCCAUGCAGCUUCUGGCUCUCCACUACCCCGAGUUUGAUCACUUUUGGCAGAUCGAAAUGGAUAUGCGCUUCCUCGGAGAUGCAGGCAAAUACUUGGACGCCCUUGCCAGAACUGCGCGCAACGAUCCCCGAAAGCAGGCUCUCGAGCGCUCCAUGUUUUGGCACAUGAUUUCAGAGAUCGGUAGCUUCGGCGAGUUGGCUCGUGCCGUCGACGAGGUUAAUGCGGGCGGCUCCUUUGCCUGGGGCCCUUUGCCCGUCCCUGAGAUUUCGCCCAUCGGACCGGAGCCCCCAGUAGCUGAUCCCCGUGACGACGACUUCCAGUGGGGCGUUGGGGAAGAGGCCGAUGCUAUCGUUACGUCAUAUUGUAUGAACGCGGACAACCCCGGUAAUACCUGGUCAUUCCGCGACUGGAUGGGCGGGCUCUCAACCGAUCCCAAGCCGCCACGCUUUUAUUGCCCUCCAGCGAUCCAGCGCGCUAGCCGCAAUCUCCUCUUCGUCAUCCACCAAGCCCAGCUCGAGCAAGGCAUCUACGUCCCGUCUGAGGCGACUCUCCCAACCUUCGCCCUCUGGCACGGACUCAAGCUUAGCUUCCCGCAACAUCCCGUCUUCCAUCGCGAAAAGGACGACUUUGAGAUGAAGUCACAGUGGUGGCGCGGCGGGCCCCGGAAGAGCAGUACCGGCCUUGGGCCGGAUGAACCCAGUCAUCCCAGAGGACUUGGACUUACGUUCUGGUGGGAGUCUGAUUGGCCGCGGGAGAUCUUCAGCCACUUCAUGGGCGUCGCGCCUGAGGGCGAACCCAGGCCGUGGUUGUUGUACGACCUGGAUGGUAAGAUCUGGGCGCCGAAUGUGGUGCUGCAUCCAGUGAAGCAUUUGCCGGAGGACGAGAAGGCGGCAGAGGACGAGGCCGCGGGCGAGGAGUCGAAUUCCCAGGCGCACCAAGGAAAGAAUCAAUGA